AGAAAAAAAUAUUCAGAUUAUUUCAGAAGAAAAGAAUCAACAUUUUGUGCCAUAGCUUGAAAAGUUUUCAAAAUCAAUAAAAAAAAAGUUUGACAUAUGUCUUCAAUGUCUUGUGUUGCGGCGGUUUUUGUAUUUUAUUUUCCUGUUGAAUGAAACAAAAUUGGCAAAAGUUUUCUUUAUUUUGCAGUAGUACCUAUGUGUAUAAGUUAUAAGCGAAUCAGUUGUUAGGCUAAUUUAUUGUAGUACAUCGUUUUUAGGUUACAUUGUGUUAAUUUAUUUAAGGUUAGGUUAUAGAUUUAGUUGAAAUGAACACCGAAAAAUCUGGGGUGUGGAUACGUGGUGAUCGUAGAGGCCGAGGAGGUCAUAAUAAUAGAGGUUUUGCGCGAGGGGGCAAUAGAGGUCCUUGGAGGGGCGGUAAGAAUUUCAGGGGGCUUGGCUACCGAGACGAUCGUAAUUUUAGCCAUGGGAACUGGACCACGAACGCAAAUCAACAGUGGAACAAGCCUCGGCGUGAGACACCGGGCAAGCGGCUGGCCGAAGACGAAAUCGGGGUGACGAAAUACAUUAGCGAUCAUGCAGGAUUCAAUGGCAUUAUCAAAAUGAGAUAUUCAGAUUUCCAAGUGUCGGAAAUAAACGAAAAAGGUGAAAUAGCCAAACUGACAGAUCUAAUGCCUCCCGAGCCUCCGGAGGACGAGGCCGUGGACGAGGACGAGGACCUGCUCCUCUCCAAGUAUAACCUGGAGAUACUGCCGCUGGAGACCUGGGACAGCAUCAAUAAGCUCGUCCUCACUAAAGACACGGAUGAAAGCAUUGAAGUUGAUGCAACCAACAUGUCAAAGGAACAAAGAACUAAAAUCCAUGAUGCUGUCAAAAAAGCCUUUGGAGAAAGUAUAGUUGGCAGCACCAUCAACAUUGAGGAUAAGAAACUACUCCGCUUCACAAGAUAUAGGAAAGGAGUACGCAUAGACAACAGAAUAAAGUGGGUAUGGCCAGGGGAGUAUGUCCACUUCAUAGUAUACAAGGAAAAUUGUGACACCAUGGAUGCGGCCUCAAGAAUUGCUGAGAAGCUGAGGUUAAACAUCAAACCUUCAAUGGUGGGCUACGCGGGCAGCAAGGACCGGCGCGCGGUGACGUCGCAGUGGUUCAGCCUGCGCAAGGUGGCGCCGCGCCGCGUGGCCGCCGCCUGCCAGGCGCUGCGGGACGUCUGCGUCGGCAACUACAGCUUCAGCGCGCACCACCUGAGGCUCGGCAUGCUCAAGGGGAACAAAUUCCGCAUAGCGCUGCGCAACGUGACCGCUACCGACGACGUCGUGGACAACGCCUGCCGACUGCUGCAGGAGAAUGGCUUCAUCAACUACUACGGGCUACAGCGCUUCGGGACUCGUGUGGAUACGCCCACUUAUGAAAUUGGACGAAAACUGCUGCAAGGGAAUUUUAGAGAAGCAAUAAACUCCCUUCUGGAAGAGCGCGAAGGCAUGCUUCAGCCGGCGCUACAACGAUACCACGAAGCCGGACCCAUCGCAGCACUCCAAGCGCUUCCAAGAGGCAUGUCUGGCAGCGCGCACGUCGAGACGCGCCUUAUUCGCGCCCUGGCCAAGGCGCCCAACGACCUGGUGGGCGCGCUGUCCAAGCUGGCACGCAACACUCGCUUACUCUACCUGCACUCGUACCAGUCGCUGGUGUGGAACCGCGCCGUGUCCGAGCGGAUCCAGCGACUCGGCCUCCGCCCUGCGGAAGGAGACCUGGUGCCUGCGGGCAGCGAACAGCACAUAGUUACAGAAGAGAUGAACGACGGCGAGUUCGAAGACGACGAUAACAACGAGAAUGAAUCUGAUGCUGACACCAAUGACGCCUCCGAAGCGCCUGCGGACAACGAUAACGACAGCUCUGACAAGAGAGACAAGGACAAAAAUAACGAUGAGAAGCCAAAGGUCCCCGUCAAAGUGCUAACCAAGGAAGAGGCGGAGAGCGGCCAGUACACGAUUUUCGACAUUAUCAUGCCGUUACCAGGGUACAAUAUCGACUACCCGCCCAACAUGAAGGACUUCUAUGAAGAGGAGAUGGCGAAAGAUAAUUUGAAGCUGGAUCUGAGGCAUAAAGUCAAAUGCUACAGCAUGUCUGGCGCGUACCGGCACGUGGCGGUGCGUCCGUUGGAUGUGUCCUGGCGCAGCGUGCGCUACUCGCAGCCUUACGCCGACCUGCUGCGCUCCGACCGCGACCAGCUCACCGGCCGCGAGCUCACCGGCAUCAUCGAAGACGGCAAAUACAAAGCGCUGCUCCUAGAAAUGUCUCUGCCGGCGAGCUGUUACGCCACCAUGGCUUUGCGGGAACUCCUCAAAGUGGACACGUCGUGCGAUUACCAGGCGAUGCAGAACAACUAUCACAGACGCAAGAAGUCGAAGGACAAGACUGGGGAAGCGGGAGAUGAAAACUCAGAAGCGGGCGCAGAAAAUAACUCCGAAGCCAAUGACAGCCUCAAUAUGAGCGGGGAGAACUCAGAAGUGAGCAGACAAGAAAAUGCAGAAGUUACAGAAGCGAGCGGAGAUGAAUCAUUAAAAAGAAAAAUGGAUGACUAUGUAGAUGUAGCAUUGAAGAAAGUUAAAACAGAGAUUGAAUAAUAAAGUGUUUUACGUAUUUUAUGUUUU